AUGUCUUUCGUCCUUGAAAUAUACCAUGCUGUUCAAGCCUGUGGCAGCGUCUACCUGGCGUUACUAUCAGCCAUGGCAAUAUACAACCUCCGUCAGUGGGAACCAGAAACUGAAAGCGCAUCACGCUAUUCGAACACAGCUGCACGGCAGCUUCACAAAACUAGAACAACACAAACCAGUGGUGUUCUGGCUACUCUGGCCUCCCUUGUUUCGUCGAUAAUCCUCGUGGUCGCCGUCUCGUCCGGUCGUAACACCAUGCCAUUCUUGCUGAGUGCCGCCAAUGCUGGUGGUCUUGUCCUAGCAUACAACCACAUUUCAAAUUUCUGGCGUAGCCGAGCAACUGUACCUCUAGCCUCGACGUACAAUGAGGGCGUCAGAUCCACGAAACAAAUGCUACAAGCUUUGGGUUGGUUGGCGAUGAGCUGGGCGGCCGCCACGGUGAUAUACCUGUUCCGGGCGAUUCUGUACUGA